AUGGAUUUGACAGUCGAAAGAAACCUACAUUCUUUAAUUACUUCAACUACACAUAAGUGGAUCUUUGUUGGUGGUAAAGGUGGUGUCGGUAAAACUACAUCAUCAUGUUCUAUCGCCAUCCAAAUGGCUCUAGCACAGCCUAACAAGCAAUUUUUGUUGAUUUCGACUGAUCCUGCUCACAAUCUAAGUGAUGCGUUUGGUGAGAAAUUCGGAAAAGAUGCAAGAAAGGUGACAGGUAUGGACAAUUUGUCAUGUAUGGAGAUUGAUCCCUCUGCAGCACUAAAAGACAUGAAUGAUAUGGCUGUCGCUCAAAAUAAUCAGAGCGAAGGUCUGGGAGAUCUUCUCCAGGGAGGUGCGUUGGCCGAUUUGACUGGCUCUAUCCCAGGUAUUGACGAGGCCUUGUCUUUCAUGGAGGUUAUGAAACACAUUAAGAGGCAAGAAGAAGGCGAGGGUGAGAGAUUUGACACUGUCAUAUUCGACACAGCCCCCACCGGACAUACUCUAAGAUUUUUACAACUCCCACAAACUUUGUCUCAAUUGCUAGACAAAUUCGGUGAAAUUGCCGGGAAAUUUGGUCCGAUGUUAAACUCAUUGGCAGGUGGAGCACAAAACAUGGACAUAAUGGGCAAAAUGAAUGAACUGAAGGGCAAUGUCGAAAAAAUCAAACAACAAUUCACUGACCCUGAUUUGACAACGUUUGUGUGCGUGUGCAUUAGUGAAUUUUUGUCGCUUUACGAAACCGAACGUUUGAUUCAAGAAUUGAUUUCCUACGACAUGGACGUCAAUUCCAUCAUUGUCAACCAACUUCUUUUUGCCGAAUAUGACAACGAACACAACUGUAGAAGAUGUCAGGCAAGAUGGAAAAUGCAGAAGAAAUACUUGGAUCAAAUCGAUGAAUUGUACGAAGAUUUCCACGUGGUAAAGAUGCCUCUGUGUGCGGGUGAGAUUAGAGGUCUCAAGAACUUGAAAAAGUUCUCGCAAUUCUUGGAUAAAGAGUACAAUCCCGAAUCGGACAAUAAGGUCAUUUAUGAGCUUGAAGAACAAAACUAA